AUCGCCGUUGCCGUCAAAUCUGGUUCGGUGGAAAGCACCGCAAAAUUCUUGUUCCGUUUCUUUGCCAGUGGUAAUGCAAAUAGCAUUCACCGUUCCCCAAGAAGCUCGGUCUCCUCCUGCAGUAUGGGCAGCCGGUGAGAGGUCACGCGUGCUACGUCGCUGAUAAGCGAGUCGAUCGAUCGGAUGCGUCCGCAUCGCCGUCUACCUUCUCAGUGUAUCAGCGCAAGUGUGACCGUAGAGUACACACAACGUUUCUGUCCCGUGCCGUCGUAACCGAGCCCGCCGAGUUGUCCCGAAGAUGACGGAAGUGAUCGAGAUGCUCAUGAUCAUACUGAUCGUUACGCUCUGCUUCCUGAUGAUCCCGUUCAACACGAAACCGAGUGCGGUGAUCGAGUCGCGGCGCAAGUUUGACGUGUUCGUCCGGCUGUACGACAAACCUUAUCGGAGUGAUGCGCGCGAGUACGCGUACCGGUUUCAGAUCUUUCGGACGUCGCUGAGUAAAAUUAAGCAGCUGAACGAGUGGAGCCGGGAAGCGAACGACACCGCGAUCUACGGCAUUACGCAAUACGCCGAUCUGACCGAUCGGGAGUUUAUCGCCCGUCAGCUAGCGGAUCUGUUUCCGGACGAUCCGGCGACCGCACCGCGCGCCUACCAGAAGUACGUGAUCGAGUCGCACAGUGCGGAGAUGAAGAACGACAUCAUCUUUUCGCGGGCGCGUCGUGAGCUGAAGGUUCCGAAUAAUCUGCCCCUGACGGUUGAUUGGCGCGAACAGGGAGUCAUCACGUCGGUCAAGAACCAGGGCAGCUGUGGAGCUUGUUGGGCGAUCAGCGUGGUCGACACGAUAGCGUCACUGGCGGCGAUCAAGCGAAACGAUCGCAAGCUGGUCGAACUGUGCCACGAGCGUGUUGUGCGGUGUGCUGCGAAUGGGAAUAAUGGAUGCGACGGUGGAGACACCUGUCGACUGUUGGAGUGGUUGGCAGACCAGAGCUACCGGAUAGGGGCAGCCGAAUCGUGUCUGGAGCGCAACAUGGCCGAUCAGGAGGGGAACUGUACGGGUGACAAGCCCUUGGGGAAUGGAGUGCGGCGAGAGGACGGUGCAUUGAAUGCUACCUUAGUGAAGCGGUUCUCGUGUCAAGGCUUCGAAAAUGAAGAACACGUAAUGUUGCGCCACUUGGCGACCAAAGGACCUAUAGUGGCCGCUGUCAAUGCCAUCUCGUGGAAGUACUAUCUCGGUGGCAUCAUACAGUUCCACUGUGAUUCGGAUUAUGAGCGGCUCAAUCACGCGGUGGCCAUCGUGGGCUACGAGCUGAAUGCAACCGUACCGUACUACAUCGUCAAGAACUCUUGGGGACCGCGGUUCGGCGAUCGUGGAUAUGUGAAGGUAGCGAUCGGUCGGAAUCUGUGCGGCAUAGCUAAUCGCGUAUCGUUUAUUGAGCUCGUGUGACAAAGCUAACGUUUAAUGUUAAGUCAAUACUCACCCGGCGGCUGAAUUGUGUGUCCAAUAAAAUGUUCCCAGUGUGUGCCGUAUUUGUUUAUAGCAAUUAUCGUUUACUGUUCGGUUUGUUUCAUCUCUCCGAUGCGGCAACUAUUUACAAAUAGAUGGUAGCAAGUGGUUUGCUUUUGCUCCUGUUCUUCCUUUCUUUUAUCGCCCUCUUCUACCUUCGAAUGGAGUUUGAAUGUAAGGAAUGUAUUCUCUUGACUAAUCGGUUCACAGUGUAACUGGUACAGUGAUUUAGAUUUAUGGUUGUUCAGUUCAUCAUCGUUACAACCGUUUUGCUCGCUUUCUUCGUUCGUAUUUUCAACUACACGUUUCGUUCGCUCAAAACAUAGUGUGAACUCGUUUUGUAAACUUCACUUAACAUAACUCACCCGCCCCCCUUUCCAGCACCAAUGUGUAAGCACAAUGAAAGAAUUUCGAGUCAACAUCUGACGCGGUGCAAGAAGUGGACUAAGGAGCUAUAAACGGAUGCUUCAAAACCUACAAAACGGCGUGCUCGCUAAUGCUACUAACUCCGCCUUCACUCACACAAACGCAACAACCUAGUUGUACGCUGCUGCUGCUGCUGCUGCUAUGACUUAAUGAAUGUGAGGAAAAAUGCACCUACUACUUAUAUGCCGAUCGAGCACUAGAGAAACUUUCAGGGAAAAAUUUGUCUAAAAAACCCGCACCAAUAUUAUGCCAGUGGAAACAUCCAAACGGAACUAAACGGAUGUGAAAACUGAAACUGAUUUCCCUUACACAAGCAACGCCUACUGCGUUGCGUUCGUGUGUGUCGCAGUGUUGAUUCUCAUGCAGUUAACAACUUUAUCAUUCUAACUACUCAGUGUAUUGUUUCAGUUUCAGAAGAUGAAUUUGCUUUGUUUUGUUUUUAUUUCUCUGCUUUACUUACUGUCUCUGUUUCUGUCUGCUUUAUAUACUCUUUAUGGUUUUUGUUUUAAUACUUUUUACUUCGCGUUUAUAGCGGCCCUAGCCAGUCGUCUCGCUGUCUGUGG